ACAGUUAUCGAGAUCUCCACCAUGGCUCUCUGCCGGGUACCUGCUCUUGUGAGCAGCAGCUGGCUCAAGCAGAGGCUCCCUGCCUACCUGUCUCAGCUCGGAAAAGGCGCAUCAUCUAGCCCCGGCUCUGGGAACGACGCGCCGUUGCGCCUGCUGGACACCUCCUGGGUGCCUGAGCCUGACGUGGACGGCUACAAGGAGUUUUACAGCAAAAGCCACAUCCCGGGAGCCGCGCACUUUGACCUGAAGACGCUGAGCCCCAAGAGGCCAGACUCCCCCAUCGACUGCCCGAUCCCAGACCUGAAACUGUUCCGAGAGUACGUGGAGAGUUUUGGCAUCACUAACAACACGCACGUCAUCGCGUACGACAGCCUCAACACGCGGCCCUCCGUGCGGACCUGGUUUCUGUUCAGACUUUUUGGUCAUGACCAAGUGUCCAUUCUCAACGGUGGAAUGGUUCAGUGGGUGAAAGAAGGAAACGACGUGACGGCUGAAGAACCGGACGCUUCCCAGCUGAGAUCUGGUGAACCUUUCAAUAUCAACUUCAGAUCUGACCUGCUCUUAGAUUAUCAAGCCAUGCUAAAAGUCGUAGACGCUCAAUCUGCCCAACUUUUGGAUUCCCGCCCUGGUGUCGGCGGGUUUUACAUCACAGACGACGACAAAUCUGGGGGACACAUGCCAGGGGCCAAAAGUUUGCCUUUCCCUAUCGUGUUCAACAAAGACGGAACCUUCAAAUCCAAAGAGGACCUGGCUGCCCUCUUUGCGAAUAACGGGGUUGAUCUGAACCAGCCAAUCGUUGCGACUUGCCAGCGAGGCAUGACGGCCUGUGCUUUGGCGGUGGCGGGACAUGUUCUCGGAGUGGACAACAUCCCAGUCUACAACGGCUCGUGGCUCGAGUGGAGUGCCAUUGCUGAACCGAGGAAUAUUGUGCAACGAAAGAAAGAAUGAGC